UUUACGGUUUACCUGAUCCGCCCAGCUGGAGUCAGCUGUGCCUUCUACCGACAGUAGUAGUACUAUAACGAACACUUAAUCAGACCGGAGGUCAGCGCCUUCCGCCACACUCUGAAGGGGUGUGGGGGACUAGUUUAAAAAAAAAAAAAAAAAAAAAAAAAAAAACCCUGCGCGGCUGUCCGGAGUAGGAGCCCCGGCCAUUCAGAUCCUUUCACCGACCGAGGGAUAUGACCGCUGAGAGAGGCUGUGGACAGAAACGAAGCACCGCUGUGUCUUUAGAAACACUCACUGGAGGCUGACGGGCUGCUGAGCCGUUGCUUGAUUGCCUUUCCUUUUUAAUUUUUUGUGCGGUCGCUGAUUUUUAGACGCAAGCUUGCAGAUAAUAAAUCUCAGUGAAGCUGCUGGCUACGGCCAACGUCUGACACCUCUGGGGUACGUUAGACGUUAGUCUCAGUUGUUCACACUUUUAUUGAGUGUUUGCUAAAGGUAUGUGGGAGUUUUUGAUUUUGCCUUGUUUAUUUGUUUUUGUUUUUUAAACUAUCAAACUAUCCGUGAAGCGGUGGUGAAAUAUGUCGUAAACAGGUGCUGGGACUAUUUUUUUUUCUUAGAGGAAACCUUGGGGUGUGUCCGUGCGCAGAUUCAGUUGAACGUAAACAUGAGAGGCAUUGUGCUGUGAGUGUGUGCGUGUGCGCCUGCGUGUGGGUGUAGAGUGAAGCUGGGAUUGGCCCUCAAGGCUAAAUAAUCUUAUCGGGGUGCAUUCUCUGACAUGUUGUGGCUCAUCAGCCCCCAUCGCCUUUGUGUCUUUGGUCCGUGCCAUCCAUCUCCCCAUGGACAGCCUGCAGAGCGGGGCCAGUAAAGGGGCUGCUACCCUUCAAACACCACAGACCACAUCACGUCAUAGAUGCCACCCUGCCACCUUUACCGCUCUAUGACUGACUGUUGAGGAAACAAUAAAGCCAAAAAUCCUCUGAGCUUGAGCAAAAGGAGCCAUGAAUCUGCUGCUGUCCCUCACUGUCUUCUGCCUGCUGCCUCUGGCCUUGAUGGCCAAGGAAAACUUACCACUGAACUGCAUCCCCCGCAGAUCUGUGCCUUAUCACAGGGACAAUGCUCGUUUUUUUAGUGAGAAUGAUGUCUAUAACUACUCCACCAUGCUGUUGAUAGAAGAUAAAGGCGUGCUCAUGCUUGGUGCUAGGGAAAAAGUGUACGCACUUGACCUCUAUAACAUCUCCCAGAAACGUGCUUCAGCUGCAUGGGAAGCAACUCCAGCAAAAAAGACAGAAUGUAAAAACAAAGGAAAAAAUGCAGAGACGGAGUGCUUGAACUAUAUCAGGAUCCUGCAUGAGGUGGGAGAUGACAGAAUGUAUGUGUGUGGAACCAAUGCUUUUGAUCCCGAGUGCAAAUACGUGUCCUUUUCAGGUGAUGCAUUGACUUUUGAGAAGGAGAUGGAGGAUGGCAAAGGGAAGUGUCCAUUUGAUCCUUUCCAGAGAUACGCUUCAAUCAUGGCAGGUGAUGAUCUUUACUCAGCCACGUCAAUGAACUUCCUCGGCUCUGAACCCGUCCUAAUACGCUCGUCUGGUAACAUACGGACUGAGUUUAAAAGCUCCUGGCUUAAUGAGCCCACCUUUGUUUCCAUGGCUCAGAUGCAAGAGAGCAAGGAAAGUGAAAGCGGAGAUGACGACAAAGUUUACCUGUUCUUUAGUGAGACCGCUGUGGAGUGUGACUGCUACAACAAACUGGUGGUGUCCCGCGUGGCCCGCGUCUGCAAGGGGGAUCUUGGCGGUCUAAGGACUUUGCAGAAAAAGUGGACAACUUUCUUGAAAGCUAGAAUAGACUGUCCGGUGCUGGAGUCCCAGCUGCCGUACAUUAUCCGGGACGCAUACCGCUGGUGUGACCCCGAGAAGGAUUGGAAGAGCUGUAUUUUUUACACCGUCUUCACAGCACAGUUGGACACAUCAGACUUGUCUGCAGUGUGUGCGUACCGCGUGUCAGACAUAAGCCGAGUGUUUGCAGAGGGGAAGUACAAGACCCCAGUCCCCGUAGAAACCUCCUUUGUUAAGUGGGUGAUGUAUAGCGGAGAAGUGCCCAUCCCUCGGCCUGGAGCUUGUAUAAAUAAUGCAGCUCGUAAAGCGGGCAUACAUAAAACUUUGGAUCUACCAGACCGAACCCUUCAGUUUGUCAAGGACAAGCCCCUCAUGGACCAGGUUAUCCAGCCAAUAGGAGAUAAACCUCUAUUGGUGCGCAGAGGAGCUACAUUCACACAAAUCAUAGUAAACCAAAUGAAAGCUGCAGAUGGCAACAAGUACCCCGUGAUGUUUAUAGGCACAGACAAAGGCACAGUGCUGAAAGCUGUGAACUACGACGGAGAGAUGUUCAUCAUAGAGGAAGUACAAAUCUUCCACCCCCGUCAGCCAAUCAAGAUUCUUAAAUUCUCAAAUAUCACGAUCCAAGAUGUACAUGGUCAGCUCUAUGCAGGCUCAGACACUGGAGUAGCCCAGAUACCACUGGCCACCUGUGAGAGGUCCUCAUCCUGUAUGGACUGUGUUCUAGCCAGAGACCCGUACUGUGGCUGGAACAGUGCUCUGGGGAAAUGCGUUUUCAUUUCUAAAUCACACCGUGAAAUAAUUCAAAGUUUGAAAGUUGGAGAUGCUUCCCUCUGCCCUGAUGCUGACCCUAUCAAGCCUCUGAAUUUGUCCGUCCGGGAAGGUGAGGACCUGAAGCUCAGCUGUCUACCCCUUUCCAGCUUGGGAAAAAUCAUGUGGCAGAAGAACAAUAUUGAUCUGACGCCUUCAGCUGCACUUCAGCUACAAGACGGACUUCUGAUUCAGAAUGUUUCAUUAAGCGAUGCCGGUCAUUACCGCUGCUUGUCUGUGGAGCACUCCAGAGCUAAAAAGCACAGCAUAACUGUAAUUGAGCAUCUGGUCACAAUUGACCUAUCAGACUCAGGUGAUAGGACACUGGAUACCCAAGCUCAGACUGAUUGUGCAUCAGUUACAGGACUGCAGGUUGCAUGUGCUCUUUUGGGGCUUGCUUUUUUUGCCCUUUUGGCCUGGAACUUUUACAAAGGCCAUCUGUGUAUGCCUUGGAGUUGCUUUAAGAGUAAAAGUGAAGAGCAAUCUCAGGAGAGCCAGAACCAGGAGGCUUUACACUCUGGUGUGAGCUACCAAGCUGCACCCAGAGAGGAAAAGUCUGUGGUCAUCAGCAGCAACAGUAACAACAACCAACACUGAGAGUCACAAAGCUGAAGCGCAUGACAUUAACAAAGAUAGACUUUAGAGUCAAAUCAAUGCGGGGGGGACAGAAACAGUUUCAUUUCUGCCCUGAACUAAUGAGAAUAGGGGUUCAGCGGUAAUAUUUGCAUAGAAACUUGGAUGUAAAAACAUUUCAAAUGCUUGUUUUGAUAAACAAAACUGAUAAAACUAAGUUAUUUUUGGUACAAAUAUGAUGUACUUGAAUUCCUGCCUUUUUGUUUUAUAUGCAGGUUUGUGCUCAAAUUCCUACUAAUUGUUUUAAGUACCACAGAUUGGAAUAUGUUGCAAUGACUGGUUUGAUUUUUUUUUUUUUUUUUAAACAGGGAAUGUACAGUAAUUGAAAUCGAGCCACUUAUUCUGUAACCACUAGCUACCAAGACUGUUUUAUUGUAAUUAAACAAUUUCUAUAUGUUCUUUAA